CAUGCCCCCAAUCUUGAAACCAGACGACGCUGUUUUCUCCGAUUCCUCGCUCUCUCUCCCCCCAUUUGCGCCCCUUCUAUCUCCCCAAACCCUAGAAUCCAUCGAUCCCCUCCCAAAAUCAAGUUGAAGCUCUGAGCUUCGAUCAUCAUCAUGUCUGUGCUACUUUGCGGCAAAAGAUCGCCGGCGAGCUUCUUCGAGGACGACUGCCACACGCCCAGCCCAGCGUCGAAGAGGAUCCGGUGCUCCUCCGCCCUUCACUUCUCCCCGCACAAUCCCUUGGUGUCGUCACCGCCGGUUGUAGUUUCGCCCAUCGAUCACCUUAGGUCGUUGUUCCCUGAUAUGGAUCAAGAGUUGCUUGAGAAAGCUCUUGAGGUAUCGGGCAAUGACUUGGACAUUGCAAUAAAGAAUUUGAAUGAUCUUCACCUGGUGUCAUCAAGGGAAGAAGUGGACUUGGCUAACAACAACAAAGCUAGUAUUGGGACUGAAGCCAGUGUUUGGCAAUCACCUGAAGGCAGUGUGAAUCAUACGGGUGAGAACAAUAUUUUCCCGAACCAAUCUGCUGCCUGCAAUCUCCCAAGCUCAGGCUCUGAAUGGGUUGAGCUGAUUGUAAGAGAGAUGUCCACUGCUGCAAAUAUAGAUGACGCAAGGGCUCGCGCAUCUAGGGUUUUAGAGGGAUUGGAAAAAUCAAUCGUUACACGCGCUUGUGCUGAAGCAGCUCAAAGCUUUCAAAAGGAAAAUGUGAUGCUGAAGGAACAAGUUGAAAAGCUGCUUCAGGAGAAUGAUAUUUGGAAACGAGGGUUCAAAACCCUGCACGGGCAAAAGGAAGAGUUUGAGAGAUGCAGUCAAGAGCUGCAGCAGUUGAAGCAGAUGAUAUCUCAGCGUGAUGAGCAGCUAACAAAGCUUCAGAUAGAGAACUAUGAGUUGAGACUGCGUCUCAUGAGGGAGCAGCAGAGCAGCCCGAUCCCAGGAAGGUUUCAUCCUGACAUAUUUGGGUGAAUCACAAAUUGGGAACAAAAAGAACUAAAAUAAUUAAGAGGAGAAGAGAGUGGUGAUAUUUAGGGAUCAUUGUUGUCUUACAGUUUCCAAAUUUAAUCAUUUUACCUGUAGUCAGAUGAGAAUAGGGUCUUAUAAUUUGGAGCCUGCGUGGUAAAUAUCUGACUGGUAAUGGCGGAGAUCUUAUUUUUUCACUAUCAGACCUUGGUUUGAAAGUUGGAGCCGUUUUUGUCCGUGAAAUUUAUGUAUUUGCAACUUUGCUUUGUAAUUAAAUGGGGGGUGAUGGCGAACUUGUUGUAUUCAUUACAACUCUUGCAUGAUGUUGUGGUUUAUCAUAUAAGAAGAGGAUGGGGAGGAGAAAGCGUGUGGGACUUCAUGAAUAUGGGACAAUUUGAAUAU